AUGGCUACUGUAAACGAGCUCACUGAGCAUGCCGCCCAUAUCUCUUUGAAUUCGUCCUCUGAAGCCAUCCCAGCUUUCUCGCCCUCUUUCAAGACUCACUUAGACCAAGUAUACGGAUCACUCACUUCAUCCAAACAAAACCUUCUCAAAGAUAUUCAGCAUGAGUCCCCUGAUCAGACCUUGAGCGGAGAUCCACUCAGCUCCUUAGCGGCGUUUCAUGCCUACAUGGCCAGUCCUGCGGCCUCCGCGAUGCGGCCCGCAAAUCCCCCUGAUACCUCUGCACCUAUUACAGAUUAUUUCAUCUCCUCAAGCCACAAUACAUAUUUGACUGGGAACCAACUGUACAGCAAUGCAGCUGCUAGCGCUUAUACUCACGUCCUUCUUAGCGGUGGAAGAUGUGUGGAAAUCGAUCCCAGAGUGCUCCAUGGUCGCACUCUUACUAGGAGUACAACAUUUCGAAAAGUUUGCCAUGCAAUCCGCGACAGCGCUUUCGUCACGAGCGACCUGCCCGUGAUCGUGAGUCUCGAGGUACACGCGUGUCUCGAGCAGCAAGGGGCAAUGGUGGAGAUCAUGGAAGAGACUUUCAAGGAUAUGCUUAUUCAAGUAACUCCGGAAAUGGAGGCCAUGGAAACCCCUCCCCCGCUCGCGGAUCUGAAGCGCAAAAUUUUGGUCAAAGUCAAAUGGGUCCCAGCGACUUCUGGCGACCAGGAUGAGGUAGAUGAUCAUCCUGAUGACUUGGAACCGCUCUCACACACUACCUCGGCAAAUACAACAGCAAGCGCUCGCCCUAAGAAAAGUUCAAAGAUUCUACAUGCCCUGAGUAGACAUGCAAUUUUUACAAAGGGCUUUAGCUUCAAGCAGUUUACCCAACCUGAGGCCAAAAUACCAGGACAUGUAUUCUCCUUGUCUGAAAAAGCAGCUCGACAAGAUGACGUAAAGUUCGAGAAUGCUUUCUUCGAACACAAUCGCAAGUUCUUCAUGCGUAUCUACCCGUCUGGUUUACGAGUCAAUUCUUCAAACCUCGAUCCCACAUUCUUUUGGCGUCGAGGCGCCCAGAUAGUAGCCCUGAACUGGCAAAACUCAGACAAGGGAAUGAUGCUGAACAGGGGAAUGUUCGCAGGCGAACACGGCUGGGUCCUCAAACCCCAGGGCUUUCGAAGCACCGAACCAGAGUCCGCCCCCAUCCCCCGGAGGAAACUUGACCUUACGAUCGAGUUCCUUGCAGGCCAGGACAUUGCUCUCCCUCCCGGUGAUAAAAGCGAAAAGGGAUUCCAUCCUUACGUAGCCUGUUAUUUACAUGUGGAGACACCACAAGACAGCCCAGCAGGCUCUGGAGGGGAGAGCAGCACGGACUCGGAAAAAUCCAGCUACAAGCGUGUGAUUAAAAGCUCAUCGGGUGCCAACCCAGAAUUUAAUUCGCAGAAGAUUCAAUUUCCACCGUUGUUGGGAAUUGUUGAAGAAUUGACGUUUGUCAGGUUUAAGGUCAAAGAUGACGAGAUCGGCCGCGACUCACUAGCCGCUUGGGCUUGCAUACGAUUGGACCGACUACGGGAAGGAUAUCGGGUGAUCCGUCUUUGCAAAUGUGAUGGGUCGGAGUCUGGCGGUCAUCUAUUGGUCCGGGUCACCAAGAAUAUCUCCGAGAUUUAG